AAUGCUGAGGAGUUACUGGGGUGGCUCCAGAGCCCAUAAUAAGAGGCCAAGACAGGAUGCCAGCAGGGAGGACUUUACAGAAGACAGGCUGUGUGUGGAUAUGGCUAAGGGCUUUGCCUGGGAGGGCUGGGACAACAGCUAGCCACUGGCCACUGAUGGCCGUGCCCCUCUUCCCUGCCGCACUCCCCGUCUUGGCAGCACGUGUUCAGGUCUAGCAGGCUGCUGCUGGAAAGCUGGCUCUGACUAGAGGAAGGAGUUAAGAAAGUCCGGUUGAGGGCCAGAGAGACAGACCUGUGUUUGUCCAGGAAAAGAAGACAGACGUAGGCAGCAGAGGCCCCUGCCAGCUCCUCCCAGAAAGACUGGGCUGGGGGAGCAAGCUAGACAGGAAGCUAAUCCCCUAAGGCUCUGCACACCGUGGGGCCAGAAGCCAGAGGCUGGUAUCCAGCCGCUGCCCACAGCGUACCUCUGUCCAGGGCUCCCAAUCGGGAGGCUGGACUUGGACCUUCUCCGACCUCGGCGCUUCAUUAUCCCCACCCACUGCAUGUGGCUCUUGGAGAAAGCCGGCUAUAGGGUGGGGACCGCAGAGGCCGGGGCGCAGCAGCACGCGCACUCCAGCCUGGUCCCCAAGCGCCGGGCCCCAGGCUCGCCUUCGCGCUGCAACCCUAACGUCCUCACCCCCGACCGCAUCCCGCAGUUCUUCAUUCCGCCUCGGCUCCGGGACCCCAGCGGCACCGAGGCCAGGGUGGACCGCAACCUGGGCGGCCGGCACCUCCCCGUCGCCUGCUCGCUGCCGCACCUGGCGGGCCGCGAGGGCUGGGCCUUCCUGCCCGAGAGCCCGCACACGCGCCGCCGCGAGUCCCUGUUCCACGCGCCCCGUGGCCUGGCGGCGGCGGCGGGCCUAGCGCCGGCGCAGUCGCGGCUGCACGUCUCAGCCCCGGACCUCCGCCUCUGCCGGGCCCCGGACAGCGACACGGCCUCGUCGCCCGACUCGUCUCCCUGCGGCUCCCCUCGCACGCCCAGGCCGCACUCCUUGUCCCCCGACGACGAGGCCAGCUCGGCGGACACCAGUCCGUACGCGCCCCGCCGCGCGCCGCCGCUCUUCCACCUGGACUUCCUCUGCUGCCAGCUGCGGCCGACCAAGGACAGCGUGCUACGCCUGGGGCCCCGCGGCGGGCAGCUGCGCCUGUCCACCGAGUACCAGGCGGGGCCCGGGCGGCUGCGGCUGCGCCUGGUGAGCGCCGAAGGGCUGCCUCGGCCGCGGGCCCGCCCCGGGAGCGGCGGCGGCGGCUGCUGCGUGGUGUUGCGGCUGCAGCCACGCGUUAGGCCGCGAGCUCAACGCAGCCGCGUGGUCCAGGGCAGCUCGAACCCCAUCUUCAAUGAAGACUUCUUCUUCGAAGGCCUGGGCCUGCGGGACCUGGCCGCCCGCAGUCUGAGGGCCAAAGUGCUGGAGAGGGGCGCGGGGCUGCGCAGGGACGUGCUACUGGGCGAGUGUGAGACGCCCCUCAUCGCCCUGCUGCCCCCCCUGGCUGGGGGUCUAGGCUCAGGGUCCUCCCUGGCACCUGCACAUCUCAGUCUGUAGACUGACACCACAGCUUCCUGGGGGGGGGGGGUUCUCCACUGUGUCUGCAGCCCCGUAUUCUUGCCAUCUGCCCAACAUGUAUUUAUUUUUGUUAAUAAAACAUCAGUUUGUCUCUAGCUGCAUGCGCCACAGUGGGCACCAAAAACUCCAGGCUUUGCAGCAACUCUUUUCCUUCCUUUCCGCCCGAUCCACUCAUCUGAGCGGGAGCAGACCUUAAACAGUAGCUCAAGAGAUUCAGAAUCCAGGGAUGUCAGAAACUCUGUAAGUGCUUGUUGAACAUGCAGAGUCUAGGAUCCAUCCCCAAGCGAUACUACUUCGA